AUGGAGUCCAUCGAUCGUGGUUCGGUCAAGGAUGUUGACCAACAACAAUUCACAACUGCUUUUGCCGAAUUUCUCAAAAAAACUGGCAAACUCGCUUUACCAGAUGGCAAUUGGGUCGAUAUCAUCAAACUAGGUAUUCACAAGCAAAUGGCUCCAGUCGAUCCUGAUUGGUAUUACACACGUUGUGCAUCCAUUGCCCGUUUCCUUUACUUACGUCGAACAGGUGUUGGUGCUUUUACACGUGUCUACGGUGGUAAAAAAAACAACGGUGUACGUCCAUCACAUUUUCAACGUGGUUCACGCAGUGUUGUUCGCAAAUGUUUACAAUCACUUGAAAAAGCUAAGCUCGUGGAAAAACAUGCUUCAGGUGGUCGUGUGCUUUCCCAAUUAGGACGACGAAACAUGGACACCAUUGCUAAGCAAGUUGCUGAAAAACUUGCCCGACAACAACAACAAUUCUAA